AUGCCUCGCAACGUGUGCAUUUCAGCUGCCGAUGGCAACACUGGCUUUGCCAUCGCCGACCUCCUCCUCAGUGAGCCUUUCUCCACAAGAAUCGACUCACUCACUGCCCUAGCCUUGGAUUCAACGUCCAGCAAAGCUAAAGAGCUUGGUAAGCGCGGCGCCAAGGUCGUUAAACACUCCCCAGGCCGCGAGAAAGCCAUGAGGAAGACGCUGCAGGACACCGGAUGCGACACCAUCUGCCUUAUCCCCCCAGCUCACAAGCACAAGCAUGAUAUCUCGGUCGAGCUCAUCACCGCGGCGAAGAAGUCAGGAAUCUCCAACGUUCUCCUCAUUAGCUCCGUCGGUUGCGACUAUGCGGAUCCGAAAACGCAACCGCAUCUACGGGACUUCAUUGAGCUGGAGAACUUGACGCUGGCCAGCAAAGGGGAUGCGUCUACUGAGCUUGGACACUCACCAUGUGUAAUUCGGGCUGGUUUCUAUGCCGAGAACCUCUUGCUAUACGCCCCUCAAGCAAAAUCGGAGGGUGUUCUUCCGUUGCCAAUUGGCAAGAAUCAUAAAUUCGCGCCAGUGGCUUUGGGUGAUGUUGCAUUCGUCGCAGCUGAGGUGCUGAGCGGCAAAGGCGAGCAUGGUUUCGAUGACCGACACCGUGGGCAAAUGAUGGUUGUCACUGGGCCAAUGCUCUGCGCAGGAAAGGAACUUGCGGAAGCUGCCAGCCAGGCUCUAGGGACCGAACUUGAAUUCGAAGACAUUUCACAAGCGGAGGCUAAGAGGGUCCUCAAGAGACAAUCUGAGAGUGACGACUCAGAGCAACAGUACAUCCUGGAAUAUUACAGUCUGGUCCGAGAAGGCAAGACAAACUACAUCAGCACCACGGCUUUCCAUGAUGUUACAGGUGAACAUGCGACGGAGCCUAGCAACUUUUUCAAGUUGUACUCUAGGGAGUUCAAACGUGAGAAUGGAAACGGAAACAAGCGCCAAAAGAGGCACCAUUGA